AUGCGGCGUCUUCCGCUGAACUGCCCAUCCCCAGGCCAGCGGGCUGUCGACCCUGUACAUCCUGAAAGGGCUGAUGGACCGACCGAAUCAAGCACGCUCCGAGGGUUCACCAGCAAAGAAGCCCUGCGAGGUGUGUUUGAUCUGAUUGGCGGCACCAACACAGGCGGAUUAAUCGCGAUUAUGUUAGGUCGAUUGGAAAUGGUUGUCGACGAGUGUAUUAUGGCAUAUAUCAAUUUAAUAAAAAUGAUUUUUGGCAAGAUUAAGUCCCGAUUCGAUGCCAGCAAGCUCGAGGGUGCAAUCAAUGAAGUCAUCAACAAUUGCGGAGCUAAGCCGACGGAUUUGGUUCCACAGGGUGUUUGCUGUCAAGCUCAAUCCCUGUGA